AUGGCCGUCGGCGGAUUCAGCCACAUAUUCGUGGUAAUCGAUAAGUUCACAAAAUGGAUCGAAGUCAAGCUGAUGACAACCACUACAGCAGCCAAGGCAGCCGAGUUAAUCAAGGAGAUAUCACACCGUUUCGGAGUGCCUAACCAGAUCAUUACCGAUCUGGGUACUUCGUUCACAGGAUCCAAAUUCUGGGACUACUACCAAGAGAGCUGCAUCGACAUCUACUACGCCUCCGUAGCGCACCCCAUGUGCAAUGGCCAAGUUGAAAGGGCCAAUGGCUUGAUCCUCCAGGGGCUCAAGACUAGAAUUUUCGAUCCGAUCGAAAAAUACGGUGCAAACUGGCUCCAAGAACCACCCAGAGUAGUCUGGGGGCUCUGCACACAGAAAAGCCGGGCUACCGGCUAUUCGCCAUUCUUCAUGGUGUAUGGUUCUAAAGCAGUCUUGCCAUCGGACAUAGCUUUUGGUGCUCCGCUCAUCCAGUACUAUGACGAAAAUGAAGCCGAGUCAACUCGAUGCACUGACAUCAACUCGAUAGAGGAGCACUGCCUGACGGCCUCCAUACAACACGCGAGAUAUGAGCGACAGCUCCGGCGCUAUCACAAUCGCAAUGUCCACGAGCGUGACUUCAACGUCGGCGACCUGGUUCUACGAUGA